AUGCAGAACAGCAGCGGAAGCCCAAAACUAUGGAUGUGCUCCGUAUUCCAUGCCAUCCUCGGAACCGGGGGGGGCAAGGUAGCAUUCGCCCAAGAUACUCAAUUUCGCCACGUAGCGAUUAAACUAGUACCAGAAGGCACGGACGAACUGCGCAUUCUACAACUACUUAGUCGACAAAGUCCGCAGACGCUCCGAGAAAACUGCCUUAUUCCAGUGCUGGGCUUUCUUCCCAUCAAGGGUUUCUGGUUCGUUAUUAUCCCCAGAUGGGGCACAUCUAUCAGCCUCCCUCGUCUCGAAACUCUUCAAAAUGUUGUACAGAUCAUGCAUUCCAUGCUGAAGGGACUAACUUUUCUUCAUAGCCUAAAUAUUGUUCAUCGCGACCUCUGUCUGCGAAAUGUUUUGGUCAAUCAUUUUUCCAGUGACCAUUCCAAGCAUUAUAACCCUUGGAGGGCAGAGCUCCGCCAGGCAGGCUCGCUUCUGCACGCUAUUUUCGAUUUCGACCUCUCUGUUAUUGCCCCUCCAGAUGUGAAGAAAUCAGAAUUCAGGCUCCCCUACGACAUGUCGUGGUAUGGAUCAUAUAAUCAACCAUUCGAUACCGCUCAAGGAGAAUUCGACUAUGACCCCUUUGCCUUCGAUGUGGGGACCAUGGGAAGAGAAUUCUGCGAUUGGUUUCAGCAUCUCUCAGCAGAUCUUCCGCUUCUUGCCCCUUUGCUUGAUGGAAUGACAACGCGAAAUAUACCCAGGCGUCUUACGGCCUCUCAGGCGCUUCACUUCCUGGAAGCUCGUCUCCAAGAGCUAUCAGACGCGGACUUGCAACGCCCAUUCUAUGAGACGACUGAGCAUCCUGACUACGACAGAUAUGACCGUUGGCACCUCGUACGUCCCUACAGACUUCGCAAGCAAAUGGGCAAUUUAUAA